GUUACACCUAGAAGGGUAUAUAACCCAUCGUUAUCUAGGGACGGACUGCCUGGCAAGCGGUAUUACAGCUCUCUUUCCGUCUCGUCAAACCACAUCACAUAUCUUACUCCCAUAAACUCCCAACUACCUCUCUCCAUUACUCUGCCAACAUGGACUCGGACCCUUCCUCUCCAACCUCCCCCAUGAACUCGGGUCAGCGAUCCCGUCAAGCUUCCCGAUGUUCGUCGAUCACCAUCGGCUCAUCGACGACCUUGAACUCGAUGUCGACGACGGACAGCUUGGAUCUACCUCACGAGCUCGACGAUGGUAAUCAGCGAACGGGUUCGGUAGAUAUUGCCGGAGUUGACAAGGCGUUUGAAGAUUUGGAUGUCGCGAAAGAGAAUGGGAAUGAUGACGAAUCGACGGGAGGUUUAGGGAAAGACGGUAUGGUGGGAAAGGACGGGACGAAUAUGAACGGACCGGGUGCAGGAAACGGGGAACAGAACAGCUUGGAGGGCGUCGACGUCGAUGUAGCCGCGAAAGACAGUGAGAACGAUAACGAGGAAGGGAGCGAAGAGACGUUGAAUGAGGAUCUGGGAAAAGGAAGAGACGGGGAUGCAGACAAGGAUCAGGAUGAGGACGAGGUGGACGAGGAUCAUCCGGUGUACCAAUACACCCUGGCUCUGUUCGAAUAUACCAAACGACAAUACAUGGAAGCGAGAUGGCAGCAUGAAAAGCUCGAACGUGAUCAAAGUAGGAGGGCCGGUAAACAAAGCGGUAGUGAGUUCACUCUACGUGCAGAAUCCUUAAGGGUUUGACAGUUUCAAGCGUGAUCGGCUGAUCGCAGUUGGACCUCGAUCUCGUUCGGUUUCUC